AACUGUCGACCAAGCUGCUGCUGAAUGAGGACGAGACGAUGGUGUGUCGGAAGGAGCCGCUGGCCCCCAACCAGACGUACCACGGCAAGUUGGCCCGUACGGCCAUUGCGUACAAUUUGCCAGAGGACGCGUCGGUCGCGUCGCUGCGUGAAACUUUCCAGGGAUGUGGCGAGAUCUCGUAUCUGCGUCUGCUGAAGAAGAACACGACCACGGGACGCAACGCGGUGCUGAAGCCCCCUAUCGCGGCAGGCGAGACGUACGCUAUCAUCGAGUUCGUGGACGACGAGAUGACCAAGCACGCCGUGCUGACGCUGUCGGACCAGUACAACUGGCGCACGGGCAUGCAGGUUGUGCUCUUUGACGGCACGAACUGCGACAAGUUGAAGCAGAAAAUGUUCCCCGUGGAGCUUGGUGGUGACCGUCGGCGCGCCAAGUCGGCCUCGGCACUUACGCGCCCCGUGCACGUGGAAUCGGUGGGUGAAGGCCUGGACGACCUCCGUGAAGGCAAGGUGAACACUGGUACGGUCUACUCGAUCCGUGGCGCAGGCGGGCUCAUUACGCCGACGCGACAGGAUUCGGCCUGUAUUUCGUUCCGCCUCAUUCCGGAUGAGGACGGCAACGUGGACAUCAGACAGGGUGACUAUGUGUCGUUCACUGUGGGUAAGAACAAGAAGAGUGGCCGCAAGUACGCAAGCAAGGUCAAGCUGGAGUUCCGCCCGCCCGCCAAUCUGACGGGCGAUGCCAACAAUGGUGGUGGCAUGGGCGGCCUGGCCGGGCUCAGCGGAGGCUCAUCAAGUGGAAAUGGGCAGAAGGACUACUUCGCACCGUCGCCGAGUCGAUGGGAGUCGCGCAGCCGCGCAGCAACGGUGGGCGCUCCUCCGCAGCCGGGAGCUUUCCGUGCUCGCUCGUCAUCGUCGGGCACGCGCCCGAAGCUGAACCUGUCGUCGCCGCGGAUGGCGCAGUCACCUGUACACAACACCAACAACCUCGGGGGCAACGUGUUGGCGCCACCCCCUGGCAUGGGACUCAACGGCAGCAACCAGCUAUACCGCCAGGCGAUUGGCCCGGACGGCACGCGGGGCUUUGGCUUCCGUCGUAGUGGUGAGCCACCGGAGAUGGCACCGGAACUCAAGUUUCCGGUGAUGGAGCGUCGGAGAUCGCGCUCGUCGGGCGGUGCCUGGUAGAAGAUGAGGGACGGCACUGACACUGAACAUUGAAGCGAGAGAGGGCCACGCAAGUCCGUCCUCUCAUGUCGACACACCACGCUGGUGAGCGUGAUAUGCUGGAAAUUGACGAAAGACGAGAAACACUUGAAGAAUUAGGCGCUAGCAGAAACGAAGAAGCGACUCGACGCGAGACCAAAAAUCAAAAAGAGCACACGAAAUGCACAGUUGAUAGCAAGAAGAAAGACAACAAGGUAGGGCAAGCACCAGGAAACAAACACCAACGAAAAUGUAUUUGAGUGUGAGAACCCGGUUUGUACCGGCAGGUCGGCAACCUCGCUCUCCCCUCAAGCAGCAACUCUCCCCUCAAGCAGCAACCUCAGUGUUUUUGGAGGGGGAGCCUCCAAAACCGAAAAACGCCCGGAAGAUCCCGAAGCAACAAGUAAGCAGCAGCCGUCCCGUGCUGCCUGAAGCAAGAAGCGAGCGAACCCCCAAGCACUACCGGCAGCAAAGCAAGCCCCAGGCUCUCUGCAUCUUUUUAUCUUUUUAGCCACUUUAGUACCUUUGUAUCCCUAAGAGAGAGCCCACCCCAAGCAGCAACAAUGGCCCAGCAACAGCAGCAGCAACCCGCCGACGAGGAGAACUGGAAGGCCUCCCUCAAGCGGCCGGAGAAGGACACGCGCGUGCAGACCGAGGACGUGACCAACGUCAAGGGCAACGAGUUCGAGGACUACUUCCUCAAGCGCGAGCUGCUCAUGGGCAUCUUCGAGAAGGGCUUCGAGCGGCCGUCCCCCAUCCAGGAGGAGGCCGUCCCCAUCAUCCUCGCGGGCCGCAACGUCAUGGCCCGCGCCAAGAACGGCACCGGUAAGACGGCCGCCUUCAUCAUCCCGUGUCUCGAGAAGACGGACACGAGCAAGAAGCACAUCCAGGUGCUGAUCCUCGUCCCCACGCGCGAGCUGGCGCUGCAGACGUCGGCCAUCGUCAAGGAGAUCGGCAAGCACAUGGGCGUCGAGUGCAUGGUGUCCACGGGCGGCACGAGUCUCAAGGACGACAUCAUGCGUCUCUACCAGACGGUGCAUAUUCUAGUGGGCACCCCGGGCCGCGUCAUGGACCUGGCCAACAAGGGCGUGGCCGACCUCAGCCAGUGCUCCACGGUCAUCAUGGACGAGGCCGACAAGCUGCUGUCCCCCGAGUUCCAGCCGCUGCUGGAGCAGCUCCUGAACCACACGGCCAAGCAGCGCCAGAUCUGCCUCUUCUCGGCCACCUUCCCCGUCACGGUCAAGGCCUUCAAGGACCGCUUCGUCGAGAACCCGUACGAGAUCAACCUCAUGGACGAGCUCACGCUCAAGGGUGUUUCCCAGUUCUACGCCUUCGUGGAGGAGCGACAGAAGGUGCACUGCCUCAACACGCUGUUCUCCAAGCUCGACAUCAACCAGUCCAUCAUCUUCUGUAACUCGGUGAACCGCGUCGAGCUGCUGGCCAAGAAGGUGACGGAGCUCGGCUACUCGUGCUUCUACAUCCACGCCAAGAUGAACCAGGCGCACCGCAACCGCGUGUUCCACGAGUUCCGCAACGGCGCCACGCGCCACCUCGUGUGCUCGGACCUGUUCACGCGCGGUAUCGACAUCCAGACGGUCAACGUCGUGAUCAAUUUCGACUUCCCCAAGAACUCAGAGACGUACCUGCACCGCAUCGGUCGCUCCGGCCGGUACGGCCACCUCGGUCUGGCCAUCAAUAUGAUCACGUACGAGGACCGCUUCAACCUGUACCGGAUCGAGCAGGAGCUCGGCACGGAAAUCCGGCCAAUCCCGCCGGUCAUUGACCGCAACCUGUACUGCAAGUAAGUCGGUGGUUCUCAGGUGGCGUGGAGUAUGCGUACGCAGGAGAAGAAGACAUGGAAGAUCAAGGUGAAAACGAAGGCAAAUGAGUGUGAACGUGAAGGUGGACAGUCGAGAGAGAAGCGUGACGGCGAGGGUCGAAUCGAGUGGGGUGGGGGUUGGCGGCCAGGAGUGAAAGAAGCUUCAGCCGGUUGUGCUGAAGGGCGGAUGAAGCAGGAAGCGUGCAACAAUCAACGUGUUGAUUGCCAUUAACCCACCUACCUGUGUGUGGGUUGUGGAUGCAGCGAAAAAUAUUGGGAGCUGUGCUUGGGCUGUUGGUGUCUUACGCGCGCCAAUAGUGCAACGAGCAGAGGUGUGUGCGCGAAGCGUGCGACAGUGGAGGAGUCAACAACAAACACAAGUGGUGUCGGAGUGUUUGCAGAGGGCACGUCAAGGGUGAAGGUAUCCAACAGCGGCAGUGCAACCAGGGUGGCAAUGACAGAGGUGUUGGUUGACCCAUGCGAUGCAAGUGCAAGGCAAUCAAUCAGCAGAGGGAAAAUCAGUGCCAUGCUGCUGGGCGGCAACAACUGAGAUCGUAGGGUAUUGUAGCACGAUGACGUGGAGCGAGCUGGUAUAAGUUGUCAUAAAGCUGAACUUGAGCGCCCUCCCUGUGACAGCGUAGCCUGCAGCUGCAGGCCGGGCGUGUUCCUGCCGCGGCAAUCUCAAUUGCGGCCGAUCUGAUCGGGCGGCGUCUGCUCGACUUCAACUCCGCGGUGCCGCGGCCGGCUGGCCUGUUGGUGGACCGGCCUCGGGUGACCAAGACAGCCUGAGCGAACUGCGGAGACCGAUGACUGACUGACUGAUAGCUUGCUGAGCGCAGGCAUUUCUACAUGUGUAUCCUCGCGGGUGUUCGGACAGCGGUGCUCGAGGCGGCCGCAGCGCUCGCCGACCAGGCCCGCAGCGUAUCCUCGGGCAGGCGAGCUCGGCCGCACAGAGUGCGGAGAGUUGGAGCGCGGCGGGACCCGAGCAAAUGCCACUCGGAGCCUGCCAGCGCAGAAGAUCUGCGACGCUCGGGCGCGCGACGCCGCGCCGUCAAUCGACGACAGUGACUGCGGCGGCGGAUAUGAGACCUAGGAUCCCAUUCGGCUCUUCCAAAGCCGGACAUGGCCCCAUCCUGGCCGAUGCCGUAGAGAGGAUGACGACGACGGCCGCCGGUCCAACAAAGAAAUUCCAUCCGGGGAUCGGCUGCUUGAGCCUCAAGCUUGCGAGCCGCUCGCUCGGUCACCCGCUGACAGCUCGCGCCCGUUGCUCACGGCUGCUCCUCUCAGCUGGCUGACCUGAACUGGUCAACUCAGCGUGUGCCAGCUAUCCUAUCGGCCAGCCGAUGGCCGUGCCUGAUGCGCUCACCAUCCCCACCUAAAACGCAACGUCUUGCAUGUACAUGUCCUGGGAAAAAGCUUCUCGUGGCUUAUAUUAAAUACGCGGCCUGCGCCGGCCUACUUUACGAUCUAUGCCGAUAUUCCUCUUGAUAAAUAGCUUCCUCUUCGACCUCUUCAAAACUCCACCUCGGCGAACACGCGCCGACGGGACGCCACGGGUGCCACCAUGCCCAGCUUGCCCACGGGGGGCAUAACCCACUCGCGCAUGCCGCAGAGCUUCUGCGUCUUGACGGCGCGCUCGCCGCCGCUGCGCGUGGGGAACAGGCUCCUGCG